CGGGCUCUGUUCGAUAUUGUCGACGUUUUUUCACGUGCUGACUGCGCAUCGCUAGCCCUCCCCUUUCCUGCACUUCGCCAUCUCCGAGUAUUUGAACCUGCGCCUUUGAUUGUCGUGACAUCAAUAUUGUCAAUCAUCUCCUCCCGACUCCUGCACUGCUGCCUAAACCGUCGUCCCCGGUUCUCUUUCUUUGGCAACAUUCGACUGAAUAUUUAUUUCUCUGAGCUGAAUUUAUUAACAUGGCAGCUGUAGCGUUGGGACCGAUUUCCAUGCCAAGCAGGACGGCUGCUUCAGCGUCAGUGUUGUCGUUUCCUGAUGCGAUGUCAUCGUCGCAACUCAUUUUAAGAAGGAGUUUCCGAAUCAAUGCUCUUCAUGUGAGCGGAAGAGUCAUCGCAGCUGCGUAUCAGGUGACGUUGAUCACUCCCGAAGCGGAGCGGGUGGUGCAUGUCUCCAAAGAUGAGUGCAUUUUGGAUGCAGCUGAAAGAGAAGGCGUCUUGUUACCCCACAGUUGUCGUUCGGGAGCUUGCUCCACCUGUGUCGGACUCUUGAAAUCGGGAUCUCUGAAUCAGGAUGAGCAGUCCUUUCUUGACGAGGCACAAUUGCAAGCUGGAUUCGCUCUCAUGUGCGCCUCGUAUCCGACAUCAGAUUGUGUCAUUGAAACGCAUCAAGAGGAGAAGUUUUAUUAAUUUUGUAAAACCCGCGACGUUUUUAAGGUAUUUUUUAGAUGUUACAAUAUGUUUAAUUUUAUUCGGUAUGGGGCAGGGAGGUGGUUAGCAAAUAAUUAGAGACCUCAUGUUGGAAGGGUUGAACUGGCUCAACGCAGAGAAUUAGACACUGCCUGCAUUUUGAUUUGGCCCUGCGUAGAUGUGGCGUAUUCGUAUCCGAGUGCCAAUUUUUGUAUACUGGUAAUAUUGACAUUAAUAACUAGAUUGUGUGGAGACUGUCCUUCCAUAUAGUAGUUGAUCAGA